AUGGCGGCCUCCAUCGAGAGCCUUCUGCGGGAGAUCUCCGGAGUCGAAGACCCGAUCGAGGAGCUGCAGAGCCUCAAAACAGCCCUUCUCUCGAUCCCCGUCAGCUCGCUGAGAGACUCGGUGAGCGGACAGCGGCUCCAUGUCAUUUUCUCUCUGCUGAACUCCAGUGACAGGGAGCAGGUGCAGCUGUGUGUGGACAUCCUUGAGCGCAUCCUGUUGGCCCUCAGCCCCCUGCAGGUGGUCCAGAACUACAGAGCGGAGCUUCAGGGAGGUUUAACCCACCCCAAUGAGACUGUGAAGAUACUGGCCUUGACACAGAUUAGUAGAGUAGUGGAGCAUCCGGAGGCCUUCGCUGAAAUCGUCAACAAUCAUGACGUCCUCCGAGCGGUGGUCCACUGCAUCGGAGAGGAGAAGAUGGGCGUGGCCAAACAGGCCAUUCAGUCCCUGUCAAAACUGAGUCACUCCAAACCGGGAUUAGACAAGUUAUUCCACACCGACCUGCUGACAGUGAUGAAGGAUGUGAUGGCCAAGAGUGACGUGAUCAGAUACAGGAUAUACGAGCUGGUUGUGGAAAUCGCUUCAGUUUCGCCCAUUUCUCUGGGUUACUGCGCCAACAGCAGCGUCCUGGCUCAGCUGCUGGGGGAGCUGACCGGAGACGACGUAUUGAUCAGAGCCACGGCGAUAGAGAUGGUGACCACUCUGGCUCACAGUCAGCACGGCCGGCAGUAUCUGGCCCAGCAGGGCAUCAUGGAUAAGAUCUCCAACAUGAUCCGAGGAGCAGAGACCGACCCGUUCUCCUCCCUCUACCUUCCAGGUUUGGUGAAGUUCUUCGGGAACUUGGCCAUCAUGGACAGUCCGCAGCAGGUCUGCGAGACGUACCCGGCGUUCCAGAACAAGGUGUUUGAGAUGGCUCUGGACCCGGACCCCGCCAUGAUCGGGGUGGCUCUGGACACGUUGGGCUUACUGGGAACCACUGUGGAAGGAAAGCAGGUUCUUCAGAAAACAGGGGAGAAGUUCAAGGCGGUGUUGUCGAGGAUGAGCCAGCUGGCCUCUUCUGGAGCGACGGAGCUCAGAGUGCGAAGCCUGGACGCCAUAUCGCAGCUUCUCAGCCUCCAGCCAGAGCAGCAGACCGAAGACCUUCUGGCCCUGACAGAGUCCUGGUUUCAGCAUUUGUCCAAACAGCCGAUGGACAUGUUCCGGAACAUCAGCACUCAGCCGUUUCCAGAGCUGCACUGUGGGGCGCUACGCAUCUUCACUGCCAUCGCCGCACAGCCGUGGGGUCAGAGGUUAAUGAUCAGCACGCCCGGGUUCGUGGAGUUCGUCCUGGAUCGCUCGACGGGUCAGACGAAGGAGGCCAAGGACGCCAAGUUCGAGCUGGUGGGGGCGCUGGCGUGCUCGUCCACGGCGGCGGAGAUCCUGGGCAGCCAGCACUUCAUCCGGCUGAAGGCGUACCUCCGGGAGGGGCCGUACUACGUCUCGGCCGUGGCCUCCGUCGGGACGGAGGGGGCCGAGUGAUUCAAACGGACUUCUAACUAAUCUGAUGUGAAUCAACUGACUCUUCAGGACACGAAUUCACCAACUUCAACGCUAAAAACUCAACAGGACCAAAAAUAUUAAAUAACAUCUAUUGAUCAUAAUAAUCCGUUUGACCUUCAGGCACUCCCAGGCUCUGCUCACGGCUCCUCUCUGGUCUCUUUAACUCUCAUCAACCUGCUCUUCAUGUCAAUACGUCGAUCUGUUGAUCUGUGGUGAAAAUAUUUUGUUACGAAAUGGAAGGAUUGUUUUGUUUUGUAUUAAAGCUGAAGACUCUGUCA